UUAUUGAUAUUAAAAUUAUAUUAUCGUAUUAUUUAGAUAAGUGAUUUUACAGAUUCAAUCAUAUUUAGGUCAUUAAUCCUCGGUACGUGAUAAAAUAUAGUAUAUCGACUCAUUUACAUCAGCCUUUAUCAUCAUGAAUGAGAAACAUCUCGGACAUCAGUUUCUUGACAUUAGAAACCACAGAUAAGAUAUACGAACGAAUUGACAAUUUUCUUAUCCCUCUUACCUUAGCGUCACCGAUUAAACAUGGCAGAAAGAGGGUUCGAAAGGCUAGAACAAGCUUCUGCAUACGCAAAGUUUCGCCCUUCUCCUCCUCAAUUCAUCACUGAUAAAAUACUGAAAUAUUUAGAAGAGAAGAUUAAUCCUCCUUAUGAACAUGUAUUGGAUGUGGGAUGUGGAACGGGGCAAAGUUCUAUUGUAUGGAAACCAUAUUUUCGUAACAUUACCGGGUGUGACAUCAGUUCCGCUCAAAUUGAAGAAGCCAGAAAGAAAAGUUCGUUUGAAAAUGUGAAUUUCAUUAUUUGUCCUUCGGAAAAAAUUCCUUUUCCCGAUAAUUCAGUUCAGAUGAUAUCUGUAGUUACAGCUCUCCAUUGGUUCGAUAUAGAAGAAUUUUUCAAAGAAGCAAAGAGAUUAUUGAUCAGAAAUGGUGUUUUAGCCGUUCAGAAUUAUCAUACAGUUAGGGUGAAAUUCGAUACAGAUGAGAAAACUUCUUUAGGAAAUGCUAUCCUGAAAGAGCUAAUGUAUGAUAAAUUACACGAAUAUAUGUCGAAAAACGUUAUAAAUUCCGUUAAUGAAUUUUCUUCUAUCAAUUUUCCGUUUUGCGAUGUUGUCAGGCAUACUGGAAUAAAAGAUAGUAUUGAAGUAACGGUGGAUUAUGUCAUCGGUUUCUUUUUCUCUUUCUCUCGCUAUCAAACUUUCAAAGAACGUCAACCAGAAAAAGCCGAAUCUGUGUUGAAACAAUUACAAGAAAGACUUUUGGAAUUGGCUGGAGGAGAAAAUGGAAAAUUUAGACUGGAGCGAAAUUGUUAUUUAAUUUUAUGUAGAAAUGUUUAAAAAAAGUAUUUAAACGAUCAUAAAUUAACACAUUUAGUUGCCAUUAUUUACAUAUAAGUUUUUGUUUUGGAGUGAAGAAAAUGUUGGUAAUCACAAUUUUUAUAUUGGGAAAUUUUGUAUGCUGUCAACAAUGUAUAUGCUAUAAACCCUCAUUUAAAAUCAUGGUUAAAAUACAUUGAAUAAUAAAUGAUUUUAUAAAAUAAAUUAAGAUUUAAUAAUAUUUGACUACCUUAUACGUUGAACAGAAAAAAACAUUACAGUAUAUUCAAACAUUAUUUCUCUUUGUCAUUUAUGUAUUUAAGCUUAUAUUUUAAUUUUUUUUAAAUUGAAUAUUUGUACAAUAUUAU